GUGUCGGCAGUCAGCAGUCAGAAGCACGAGCCGCAUCAUGGUCCGCCACCUCGUCAUCUCCAACAAGUUCCGCUCGUCGUCGUUGACGACCAAGAAGGCCGCCACGAUCUUGUCGGCCUUGCCUCGAUUCAACGUCCAAGUCAAGGCUACCAAGAUCAGUUUGCCUCCUCGCAAGAUGAACGUAUCGUUGGCAUUUGCCACCCCUGCUCCCGUGAAGUCUCUCUACACCACGGGCACCGCUAUCGUCAACGCCUUUGCCCAUUAAUCGCAAUGAAGGUUGUUUGGUUCAUCUUCAAACAUCUUGUCGGGCUCCUCGAC